UUUAAAGGAACUCUUGUGGGAUUUUCAUAUCGGGAAAGAGCGCACGAUGGGACCAUAUCGUUCCUUAAACAAAAAGUGCCACGAUCUCGCAUUCGAAUUUUUGUCACGGAUCCUAGAACUUUGAGCACUCUCACCAACUCCCACGAGUCGCUUGAUUUCUACCUCAAUGAAAACCUCGUAAAAGCUUUGAUAAGCUCGAAUCCAUCUGCACUUUCAUGGCUGAAAACCAAUCUUGUGGAUUUUCUUCCAAAAGUUGAAAUCAAAAGCAUUAUAGCUAGUUGUGGGAGUUUAGGCCAAAAUGAGGUACCAUUAUUAGUUUCUGCUCUGAAAUCUAUUCAUGCGGUUCUCAGUAAGCUUCAUCUAGGCAGGGAAGUGAAGGUCUCAGUAGCAUUUCCUCUGUCUUUCUUAGAGAAGUGGAAAAAUUCAAACGAGAAUGAUCUCCAUAGGAUUCUGUCAUUUAUAAAGGAAACAAAUUCCUUUGUCAUGAUAGAACACAGCAUUGACUGGGAAAUAAGCAUAGGGGAACGUUUUGUACAGUCUGCUAUAAAACGAGCUACUCAUGCUGCUUCUAUCCUUCCUCACGAAGAUUUUCCCUUGGUUCUAACAAUUAAAAGCCCCGCAAUUCCCAGUUCAAUGGAACUAGCUCAAUUCAGCCGAACGUUAACUAAACAUCUUGAAGCAACAAGCACCAAGUUCAUUGAUAGAGUAAUGGCAUUUUAUGCAGAAGUCCAUGCAAUAGAAGCUUUUGAUCUGGACCAGCUCAAAAGGGAAGCGGAGGAGAUUUUUCCUUUGUCCCGCAGAGAAAUCCUAAGCACAUUCCACAUCAGAAGAACUCUAGAUGAAGUUUACCCCACAAAUCCAACUUCAGCCGUACCAGCACUCACAACCCCAGAUACACCAACCAUUAUCACAGUUCCCUCCACCAUUCCUGCUCCCCCAACCAAUCCUGCUGCUACGCCUAUGACAGUUCCUACCACAAACUCUGUGCCAUUACCUCCCACUAAUCCGGCCAAUCCCGGGACAACUCCGAUAACGGUGCCGGGGGCACAACCAGCAACAUAUUAUCCUCCCCCUUCAGGAGGUGUUCCUGCGGUGAACUCCAUUCCACCUCCUGCGAACGGUGGUGCUCCGGCCACAGCAGGUCAGAGUUGGUGUGUAGCCAAGACUGGAGCUUCAGAGACUGCUCUUCAAUCAGCACUGGACUAUGCUUGUGGAAUGGGUGGUGCAGAUUGUUCACAAAUUCAGCAGGGUGGGAACUGUUACAAUCCAAUUAGUCUUGAAAACCAUGCUUCUUAUGCCUUCAACAGCUACUACCAAAAAAAUCCAGCACCAACAAGCUGUGACUUUGGAGGGACUGCCUCCCUUGUUAACGUGAAUCCAAGCUCAGGUUCUUGCAUUUUUCCAUCAUCGUCUUCCUCCGUUUCAUCGUCAACCCCAACAACAACGACAUCAUCCACUCCCACUCCAACAACACCAUCAUCAUCAUCAUCAACAGGGACAGACACAUCAGGCUAUGGUACCCCACCUUCAGUGUUAAAUUCAAGCAGCAGCUCAGCAUCAAGCACAGGUACCUCACCAUUUUACGGGUCCGAAAGUCCUCUAGGUGCAAAUACCACGUCAUCAUCCCAUUCAGCCAGUUUGCAGCCUUUUCUAAGUUUCAUUGUUCUGGUGAUAUCAUUAUUCGCUGGACAACUCAGUAUGUGCCCAUAAAGAUACAACUUUUCCUCGAUGAUCGUAGAAUGAGAAGCUCAAUGCUCUAACUUUCUAAUGGAUGGAAUUGUAACACUACAAGCUGUGUACAGGUUAUUAAGUGCAGAAAGACAAUAGAGUACACUGGGAGGGAAACUACAUUAUAAAGGAUAUGCUGAGCUUGUCUGAGGUGAAGGGAUGAUUGUGGAGGGCAAAAGAAUUUCUGCUGUUGAAAUAACUGCUAGUUACGGCUUUCAGGGUGUGGUAGAACAGGUUGUAGUUAAUAACUAGUUAUGUACAUAUAUUUUAAGAGCUUCGGUAGUUUAUGGAUUGUGGAGUUUAGUGUGCGCUGUGCGGUGGUCACAGCUUGCCAUGGGGAAUUGAUAGCUUAUGGGGAAAA